AAAGGGCUAUUUCCCACUUCUCUUGUUCCCUCUUUUUGACUGGUAAAGUAGUUAAAAAACUUGUGCACAGUGGAAAAUGAGUUCAUCAAGAUCAACUUCUCUGCAUAAUGAUAAGUAUAUGCAAACAGAGGGCUCUGAUGACUUGUCGGUUUCGGCAAGAACACUGGCUUCUACUCUAUGGGAAACUAAACUGAAGGAUUUGGAGGAAAUGGGUUGGAAAGAAAGAGUUUCCAAAUUGGGUUCAGCAGCUCUGCAAUUUCAUGACCCUGUUUCUCAGAGAACGGAGCGAUCCAAAGUGCGUAGUCAUAGAAGAAGAAAAUCUACCAAGGCUGAUCUCUCUAACCAAAAUGAUUGCUCAAUAGAGCUUGAUAGGACACAAAAUCAUGGACAGACUCUAAGCAGACAUCAUUUGAAGGAUGUGUGUCAUGGUCUUACCACAUGUAAAGAGCUGCUGAAAGUUCUGAGUCAUGCCUGGAAUCUUAAAGAUCAGAAAUCUACAUGUUCAUCCCUUUUUGCAGCUAUAAAUACAGAGCUUGACUGGUUGUGUGAUGAGGUGUCUAAAUUGAUACGCGAACACAGACAUAACCACAGUGAAGUUGAUGACCUCUUGAAGAAGUUUGAAGAAGAAAAGAUGGCCUGGAAGGUAAAAGAGCAAGACAAGAUUCAUACUGCUAUUACAUCUGUAGCCAGGGAGUUCAAGAUAGAGAAGAAAUUGAGGAAGCAAACUGAGAGAUUAAAUAAGAAGCUUGGUAGAGAACUGGCGGAUACAAAGGCGUCGCUUUCAAAGGCAGUCAAAGAACUUGAAGGCGAGAAAAGGGACAGAGAUAUAUUGGAGCAAGUGUGUGAUGAAUUAGCCAGAGGUCUCGGAGAAGAUAGAGCUGAGAUGGAAGAAUUGAAGAGACAAUCUGCUAAAAUCCGGGAAGAGGUGGAAAUGGAACAGAAAAUACUUCAACUAGCUGAUGUCAUGCGGGAGGAAAGAGUUCAAAUGAAACUAUCAGACGCCAAAUAUCAAUUUGAGGAGAAGCAUGCAGUUGCGGAUAAGUUAAGGAAUGAACUUGAAGCAUAUUUGAGAUCCAAAAAGGGCCACGAACAAGGCUGUGAUUCGCUGAAUAAUGAAACAAUCAAUGAACUUGAGAGACACUUUAGAGAAACGCUUCCAAGCACACACCAUUACCAAGAUAAAGAGAAGGCAGAUGUAGAAAUACUCGAUAAAGAAGAGGAUAGAGAAGAAGGUGAUUCAACUGAUAGUGAUCUUCAUUCAAUUGAACUAAACAUGGGUGACAACAGCAAGAGCCAUCAAUGGUGCACUGCUCUACAGAAUGAUCCGAAUAGAUUGUUGGUUUCUGAUAAAAAUAAAGGGAGGAGGUCCAUCUCAGAGAAAUUCCCAGAGCAAAGCACUUCCUUAGAAAGGGAGACUUCAGAUGGCAUAGAGUGGGAGUUCUGCGUGGGAGAGAAAGAAAACGUGAACACUAUAGAUAGAGGAAUUUCAAACUUUCUUAACAACGGAGGAACACCAGAAUUCUCUUCUCAAGCUUGGAAAAAGGGUCAUGCGGAUGAGACGGAGAGAUAUAAAAUGAUCAAGAAUCUUUGUGACCGUAUCAUUUCUGCUUCAAGAAUUACAGCCUCUCAAGGCUUUUCUGGUCCAACCAAGAACUGUAGCCAACAGAAAUUUUCUGCCAAUGAUCCUAACAAAGUGAUGGUGAAGGCUUUGCCAUCUUGCAGGGAGAAACUUGAAGGAAUACCAGAGAUUAUUGCAGUGUCCUGCAGGGAGGUACUCGAAUAAAUGCCAGAAUGCCAAUUUCAAGAUUCCA